GAGAGCGAGAGAGAGAGAGAUAAAGAGAGAGCGAGAGAGAGAGAGAGAGAUAGAGAGAGAGAGAGAGAGAGAAAAAAAGACUGUUCUCGUUAUGUCCAGAGGGAGGCCGACUGGCAAAAUAUUCCUCUCCCCAGAAAACAGAGGAGAAAGGAGGGUCGUCCUCUCCUCGGACAUGUGGUGCACCCAGCAGCACCAGCAGCACCAGUAGCAGCGGCGGCGGCGGCUGUGGCGUUGACGGCGCGGCGUAGCCUUCCUAUUUGGAGCCUCUUUUGUCUUUAAUUUUUUUUCUUCUUCUUGUGCGCUUCGGUAAUGAGCUUGCUGGGGGCCUACAAGAAAAAGACUAUUUACGAUGGCUAUGAAUCUUUGCAGUUGGUCGAUAGCGCCGGAGAUAGCUUCAGCGUCGGCAGAGGGAGCAGCGGCGGCGGCGGCGGCGCCACACUCGCAGGCUCCAUAGCGGCCACCCUCGGACCGAAGCCAGGCCCGCUGAGAGAGGACUGCAGCACCAUGGACAGCUCAGAUAUAGAUGCCAACUAUGGCGGAGGACUGUUGGAUAUGGUGAAGGGAGGAGCUGGGAAGUUCUUCAGCAACUUCAAGGACAACUUGAAGGACACGCUGAAAGACACGUCCACCAAGGUCAUGCAUCAGGUUGCCACGUACACUAAAGGGGAGCUGGAUAUUGCCUACAUCACUUCUCGGAUCAUAGUGAUGAGCUACCCAGCGGAGUCAGUCCAGAUUGGCUGCCAGAACCAUGUAGAGGACAUUCGCUCCUUCCUUGACAGUCGCCAUGCCGACCACUACACUGUCUUCAAUCUAUCACAGCGUAACUACCGCGGCGCCAAAUUCUCCAACAGGGUUUCAGAGUGUAAUUGGCCUUCUCGCCAGGCUCCCAGCCUCCACAACCUGUUUGCUGUGUGUAAGAACAUGCACAACUGGCUCAAACAGAAUCCCAAAAAUGUGUGUGUCAUCACCUGCUCGGAUGUUCGGGCUCCUUCGGGUGUUUUGGUUUGUGCCAUGUUCUGCUUCUGCCACCUCUUCAACAACCCCGUUCCUGCAAUGCAGUUGCUCAGCGCCAAAAGACCAGGUUCCGGACUCUGGCCGUCACACCGCAGGUACAUAGGCUAUGUGUGUAGCAUGGUAUCAGAGAAGCCCAGUCUCCCACACUCCAAGCCCUUGAUGAUCAAGGGUCUCACCGUGAUUCCGGUCCCCUGUUUCAACAAGCAGCGCAGUGGCUGUCGGCCCUUCUGCGACGUCCUCAUCGGGGAGACAAAGAUCUUCACCACUGCACAGGAGUACGAAAGGAUGAGAGAGCACAGGGUCCAAGAGGGAAAGGUAGUUUUCCCUCUGGGUGUGAGUGUGCAAGGAGACGUCGUUGUUUCAGUCUACCACAUGAGGUCCACCAUCGGGGGACGACUGCAGGCCAAGGUGUCCAACACCCAGAUCUUCCAGAUCCAGUUCCACACUGGCUUCAUUGCUCCUGGUACUACUACGUUAAAGUUUACCAAACCAGAGCUGGAUGCAUGCGACUCUCCUGAGAAGUAUCCCCAGCUUUUCCAUGCGAUACUGGACGUGGAGGUGGAGGGGGUGGAUAAGCAAAAAGACCUGACGCCACCGUGGGAGCAGUUCCCCUGUAAAGAUCUCAACCCCAACGUGCUCUUCUCCUGCCAUCAGGAGCAUCAGGACGCACUGGCUAUUGCUGAGCCAAGUCGGCCUCACGGAGGUGCAGACAGUCGGGGUCACGGCGAGGAGAGCGAGCCCUCGGAUGAUGAGAUGCUCUCUCUCUCCAGCCAGCGAAGCAACGCCAGCACGGCCCCCCAGAAACCGGAACCCCCUGCUUCGAUGUCUGCUGCCCCUGCACCCGCUGAGGAAGUGGAUCUUCUUGGCCUCGACGGGGAUGGGAUCAACCGGCCUUCAUCUCAUCCCCCGUCUGCUGCAGCUGCAACCACUGACCUCCUAGGGGACUUGUUCGGGGGCCCACCCCAGCCAACCAGUGGAGCGUCAUCUGCCCAGUCCACACCACAAAAAGUAGUCCCGAACACUGCCUCGCCAUGUCCCUCUCCUGCACCAACAGCAUUUGAUCCCUUUGGGACGGGUCCCAUGCCUAAGCCUCAGGACAUGAUGGGUUCAUUCCUUGGACCAGGUAAUGUGGGGCACCCAGACCCCUUCCUGCAUGCUGCUUGCUCUCCAUCACCCGCCCUGCAGUCUUCAAGCUUGGGCCGAAGUUCCCCCGUCCCGCCCACCAACCCAUCCGUCAAUAUUCAGCAGCAAAAUGCAAAGGGAGGUUGGGACUGGAACAGACCUGCCACAACAAGCACAGGAGCAGGCUUUGGUAUGGGCAGUCUGUCAGCCACUACUAGCCCCACAGGCUCGGUGAACAGCACCCCCACCCACCAAACCAAGCCAAACACCCUGGACCCGUUCGCUGACAUAGGAAACCUCGGGGGAAACCUUGGAGCAGGUCCUGGCUUCUCCAGCAAACCCACCACUCCUACUGGAACUGCUCCUUCCCUCCCUCCCAUGGGCUCCCCAUCGCGACCUCCUCCGUCUCCUCAGCAUGCAGAAGGGUGGCAGCCCCAAACAGGAGCCGGCUUCUCCUCGUGGCAGCCAGGUGCUGGAGGUGCUGGAGGUGCUGGAGGUGCUGGAGGCGGUGGAGGUGGUGGAGGAUGGCAACACCAAGGACAGGGACCUGCCCCGCCGCCAAAGCCCAGCCCCAGUCACACCCCCUUGCCUCACUCUUCGCCCCAGAACCGACCCAACUACAAUGUCAGCUUCUCUGCAAUGGGCGGAGGAGGCUCACCCAGCACUGCGGCCAAAGCACAGGCUAGCACGGGUCCUAAGCCCAAAGCCUCACAGGCCAACUUUGAUGACCUGCUGUCUGGUCAGGGCUUUGCAGGGACCAAAGAAAAGAAAGGGCCCAGGACUAUCGCAGAGAUGAGGAAGGAGGAGAUGGCCAAAGAGAUGGACCCUGAGAAAAUAAAGAUUCUGGACUGGAUCGAGGGGAAGGAGCGUAACAUCCGUGCUCUGCUGUCCACCAUGCAUACUGUACUGUGGGAGGGGGAGACGCGCUGGAAGUCUGUGGGCAUGGCUGACCUGGUUACUCCGGAACAGGUCAAAAAGGUCUACCGCAAAGCAGUCCUGGUCGUCCAUCCAGAUAAGCUUUCUGGGGCAGGGAGUGAGCCACUCUCAUAGCCGGGAUGACGUACGCCAAUCCACAGCGCCCUUUAUAAUCCACGGGAAGGUGCGGGUAUGCAAGGUUUCCACAUACCCAGUACAUUCCUACAGGAGAGGAGAUGGAGCAGUCGGCAGUGCGGUGAGCUAGAGCACUGAAGCGACCCUCGCCCGCUUCUGCCAAACAAUCCUGAGGUGCAGAAUCCAGAGGUUUAAACUCAAUAUUGGUUUGUCUUGGGUCCCAUUUGAAUGUAUUAAAGCAGUCCGAUUGUCCCACAGGUGCCUCGCCGUCAUUCUGGAGACACCAAGGGAAUUUAUGUGGGAUGAGCUGUAUAGGAACAGGUUUGGGAGUUUUGAGACAUCUGUAGCAGUUCCCAUGCCCUAUAGAACACUUAAGCGGUCUCAUUUUGGAGAGCCUGGAACAAUCAGGAUGGGAAUAGGACUGAGAUAACGGAAUAUGCAUCAGGUGGCAAGUAUCGCAGUCAGAGGCAGGUACGGCCAUCAGAGGUAAGCCUUCUCCAGCUGUGUAAGGCAUUAGGCCACAGACAUAACAGCUAGUAUUUUGGCCUAUGUGCUUGGCUACUUGCCAUGCCAUAGUCAUAAAAAUAUUGAUAUCAUCUAUUCUUACGUCUUGUGCCUUCAUGACCUUUGUGGCUCCCAUGGUGGACUCCACCAAGAUCAGUGUUAGGAGGUGUACGAUCAGUGGCAUUGUUGCAAUGAAUCCACAAAAUCUGGCUCCAGAUCUUCACAGUCCAGAAAGUAGUUUGUUCCUGUGAAUAAAUACAGUGGACUGAGAAUGGCUCACAAACAUCGGCUCCUCAGGGUCUUUACAAGGGAAAGGUGAUCAUAAUAGCAGCGGGUAAAAUGAGCUUACCUGUGGUCUCAGUCUUCAGGGAAGCCUUUUUCUUUUUACUGUCAGGACUACUCAGUGGAUUUAGGUUAUGUCUCUGUGAUCUGCUGGGAGAUCAUGGCAGGUAGAAAUCACCAGCACGCAUGCAAGGAGAAAUUUUCUUUACCCUUCUAAUCAUUCUCUCUUUUAUCAGAAGAAGUAGGUGUAACCCAAAAUGUACGCAAUCACAGGGGUCUAGUGAGUGAAUCACAGAAUCAAUACCCACUGAUCAAUCAGGUCAAGACGGCAGCAUUUCAAUCAGGAGAGACAAGUCAGAUGAAGAAAAGGUAAUUGUUUAUUAUUAACAGAUAAUAUGUGAGAUUUGGAAUGAGGGGCGUCUGCCCGGAGCAGUAACAAGAUAAAUCCCCCCGUGGAGUCCAGACCUCGUGGUGUCUGAUGAGGCUGAUCGAAGGAGGAGUUGAUGAAGCCGAUGAAUCUGGGAAGAUUGGGUGGAGAUGGGGAGGUAGAGGGUGUGUAACAUCAACAUGAACGUCCUGAAGGAGACAAUCAUAUUUAAAAUAGACAGCAGCCAGAUGAUGCGCUAACGAUGUAAAUAUUUUGUUGUGCUUAUUGGAUAGAAGAGACCAGCUGAUCAGAACAGCUGAUAUCUUAAAUGACAGCCUCGCACAAUGAAAUUAUUAGUGAGCAUGAGAAGUGAAUGUCAGAUAUGGUUCAACUGUAGACGCCCACAAAAUCAAGCGCACAUUGAUUUAGUGUGACAAAAAGUAAAUGCAUACAAGUAAAUGUACACACAUAUUGCACAGUACAUGCAUAAACACACACACACACACACAUGCACAUGUUUAAUAGAACAUACAAACUUGUUCAUGCAAUUAACUUACAUACGUUGCCAGUAGCUUCACAUAAAAGCAACAAAAGCAAGACACAAGAUAUAAAAGCAAUAGAUCCAACAAACAAAAAUAGAUCAUUUAUCUUUUUUUAUUGAUGAACAGAAUAAAAUAAAUGAAUAUCUUAGUUAUUGUGCAAAGUUUUAAAGUUUAAUUGAAUUAAAUGGAUUAAUAAUUGCACAUUUUAGAUUUAUAGUUUUAAUUUGUUUGCGUUAGGUUCUGUUUUUAAUACCUGUUUUGUUGGUCAUGUACAUUUUUCUCCCAAAGGUGCAUCCCCUCUGUGUGAAUGCAUUGAUAUUAUGUCAGUUUCCUUUUUUUUAAUUAAACUGCAGCCACAGGGUCACAUAUGUCUUGAUAUUGAAGCUCAUUAUUUUAAUGUCAGCAUUUGGAUAUCGCUAAAAGUGGAGAAUACUUUCAGGUGUUUUUUCUAUGCGUUUAUCUGGGUUUUUUUGUCUUCCCCCACAGGCGACGGGACAGCCCUAUGAACAAUAUGCCAAGAUGAUUUUCAUGGAACUAAAUGAUGCCUGGUCAGAAUUUGAAAGCCAAGGACAAAAACCCCUCUACUGAAUAAACAGAGGAAGUGAGCGAGCAGAGGCUGUCCCUCCUGGUUCUGUCAUCCAAUCCUACAAAUGUGUCUCCAUUUCUGGUCAACAUACUGCAGCCGCACCCUACAACUUCUGCCUUUAUACCUUUGCUUUGACCCGGACUUCUCUUCCCUUCUCAGCGCACACACACACAGUUGAUCUGCAAAGACGACAGAAGACUCCAGAACUCCGGCCUGCAGACGGACAGCGUGUCUGAACAAGCGACUCCCUGUAGCUCAGACGUACCUACUUACUUACUGUAUGUGGGGCAUCAUUGCCCUUUCCCUGUUUGAGUGUCCUUAGCCCUGAGCCACACCCGGCAAUCAAAGCGGAGUCACCGGGACAGCUAGAAAAACAAAAGAAAGGCUUGAUUGAGGGGAGACGGAAAAAAGAGGGAAGGAGACGACGGA